AGAGAAGAGAGGAGAAGAAUCAACUCCAAAUUCGGACCCGUAGCAAUCGGAAAAGACAAGGGGCAGUAACAUUAUGAUUUCCUCUUGUUUGUCAGCUUCUCCACCUUUUACUAUUCGUAAGAAACUAGGGGCGCAUCAUUUUUAUGUACAGUUUUCUCCGCUUUCAACUUUUGACAAUUUCAUUCAUUCAUUUUUAUUCCAACUUUCAAUCAUUCUACAAUCUUCUUCAUCAUCUCAUUGAGACUUUGGAAGAGAAAAAAAAAGAAUGGCAGAAGAAGGAAAGAGAGUUGGAGUUGCUGUUGAUUUCUCGGUGUGCAGUAAGAAGGCGCUCAAGUGGGCGUUGGAUAACGUGGUUCGCCAGGGUGAUCACCUCAUUCUAAUCACGGUUCGACCUCAACAUGGUUAUGAGUCCGGUGAAAUGCAGCUUUGGGAAAAAACUGGCUCUCCUUUUAUCCCUUACGAUGACUUCUCAAACCCCACCAUCAUGAAGAAAUAUGGAGUCGUACCUGAUGCAGAGACGCUUGAGAUUGUGAAAAAUGCAGCUCGGGAGAAAGGGGUUGUCCCACUCUUGAAAAUCUUCUGGGGAGAUCCUCGUGAGAAGUUAUGCGAAUCAAUUGAUAGCAUUCCCUUGAGCUGUCUUGUUAUCGGAAACAGAGGACUAGGAACACUUAAGAGGGUUUUCUUAGGCAGUGUCAGCAACCAUGUGGUGAACAACGCAUCUUGCCCUGUAACCGUUGUGCGCUAAGUCAUUUCAUUUCAAGCUGAGUUUCAGCUGAUUUAAUCUGGCGGGGGGUCUUGUCACUUGAGCCUCUGUUGGCCAUUUGGGUGUCUCAACUCUCGAGUUAGUUCAGUGGAGUUGUUUUUAAUAAGUUAUGUUGUUUGUAGAAUUUUGUUAAAAGUAGAAACUCUUAUCUUAAAAUGGCAUGUAUGUGUUCAAUUUACUGUCAACCUGUAACUGAUGUUUUGAUUUACCCUCAGGAAGGGAAAACUGCUUUCUUACAAUAAUUUCUACUGUAUCAUCUAGCACCUAACAAAAAGGAAAAUUA